AGUUGUCAGAGCCUCGGGUCACACGUUAGUUGUCGUGAGGCAUCUUCCACUCCCUUUCUCUCUCUGUCUCCCUGACCUUCUCAGGCUCCAGCAUCCUUUUGCAAAGGCUUGGUUAGGCUUUAAACCAUUUUGAAGUAUUUUGUGGGCACAGAGCGCUCUUUCAUCCGCCUGCGCGAGGCAGAAAAACAAACACAAAUCUCCACGCUUUUCUACUAAAAAGUUCUCAGCUCAAAUUCCGACCAUGUCCGGCGAAGACGCACCUGCCCAGCAGCAAAACGCCGAGGAGCAAAAGCAGCAGCAGCAGCAACAACAGGAGACCAAGACGCCCGCCGAGUCCCCGAAAACCGAGAGCAAACCUGACCCACCGCCCACCAGCGCGUCCACCGAGGCCGCCACCGCCACCGCCACCCCAGCGCCCGCCGCUGAGAAAGUCCCCGAGGAGGACACGUUCACCUACCGGGCUCUGGUGCUCACCGGUUACGGCGGCUAUGAUAAGGUGAAGCUCCAGGUGAAGAAGGGCAAGCCGGCGCUCAAGAGCGGCGAGGUGAUGGUGCGCGUGAAAAUGUGCGGGCUGAACUUCGCCGAUCUGAUGGCGAGACAGGGACUGUACGAUCGGCUCCCCUCCCCGCCGGUCACCCCGGGCAUGGACUGCUCCGGGAUCAUCGAGGCAGUCGGGGAAGAUGUGAAGGACAGAAAAGUGGGUGAUAAUGUUCUGGUUCUGAACCGGAGUGGACUAUGGCAGGAAGUGGUUGUGGUAGCAGCCACACACACCUUUCUGAUGCCCGAGGGCAUGAGCUUUGAGGAAGCAGCGGCACUUCCUGUGAAUUACAUCACUGCCUACAUGAUGCUCUUUGAUUUUGGACACCUGCGUCCCAACCAGAGUGUACUCAUCCAUAUGGCAGCAGGUGGGGUGGGUAUCGCUGCCACUCAGCUGUGUAAAACGGUAAAUGAUGUCACAGUGUUUGGCACCGCCUCCGCCAGCAAACACGAGGUCAUCAGCCAGGGUGGAGUCACGCACCCAAUCGACUACCGGACACGUGAUUACGUGGAGGAGGUCCGUAAAAUAAGCCCCAAAGGAUUGGAUAUUGUUCUUGAUCCUCUUGGAGGCUCUGACACCCAUAAGGGCUACAACCUACUGAAACCAAUGGGGAAGCUCAUCAGCUACGGUGCCGCCAACAUGUUGGCGGGCCAGAAGAAGAACCUGUUUGCCGUGGCUAAGACCUGGUACCAGCAGUUCUCCGUACACACCCUGAGCCUGAUCCAAGGCAACCGAUCUGUGUGUGGCUUUCACCUGGGAUACCUGGACUCUGAGACCGAGCUCAUUUCCCAGGCCAUGACGGUGAUUCUGGACCUGUACCGACAAGGCAAGAUCAAGCCCCGAAUUGACUCCACCUACCAUCUAGAACAGGUCGGUGAUGCCAUGCGUAGGAUGCAGGAGAGGAACAACAUCGGUAAAAUCCUCCUCUCCACCGAACCCAUGAAGGAGGAGGAGAAGAAAGAGGAGGCCAAGAAAGACGACAAGAAGAAAGAUGACAAGAAGAAGGAGGACAAGAAGGAGGACAAGAAGAAAGAUGAGGCCAAGAAGGACGAGAAAAAGGAGGAGAAGAAGGAAGAGACCAAGAAAGAGGACAAGAAAGUGGAUGAGAAGAAGGAAGAAGCCAAGAAAGAGGAGAACUGAAAGGGAACCACAGGCUGAAAAAAAUCGUGGAUGUGCUUUGUGUCAGUGUCAGGGGUUUUGGGAGUGGUCUGCGUGUGUGUAUGUGUGUGUGUGUUAUUUGAGUGUGUGUUUGUGUGUGUGUAUGGGGGGUGUAUUGUUUAAUUAGCUCAACCCCAGGUGAUUCCUCUGACAUUAAAACCACAUUUCUGCAAUCAUUCAGAAACACACCUCUUGUGUUCAUCCACACACACACACACACACACACACACACACACACACACACACACACACAUAUUAUACAGCAAGGGAACACACCACUUAAUUGUUCUAUUGUAACCUGGUAGUAUUUAUUCCCAGUUCCUCUGCGUUUUGCUGAGUCCUUUCUAACUCUUUCGUAUGAUUGCACGCUACCGAGGCGUGUUAGUGCAGUAUUAUCCUUUUUAUAACUAUCACUUCAGUGUUUACUCAUCCAACGUCUUCAAUUACAUAGUGAAUAAUCUUAUUCAGCACCCUGUUAAAAUAUACUACCAUUUUCUCUAUUACUCCUGCCAAACUAAUGCACUAUAAAAUUAUCUUUGUAGACGCAAACCAAAAAAACACUCCCACAUUCGUUCUCUACACCCCUCCGUGUCUUUGUGUACUCGCCCAUUAAACAGUCGAACAAAACGAGAGGUUCACGUGCUAAAGCCUGGGUUAUGCGGGAGCCCCGUUUCCGUGAAAACAGCCCUUUUUGCCAAACCCCUCCCCUUUUGAUUUUUGUUCUGGAGUGGGUGCACUUGUUUGAUUUGCCGUACGUCAUCAAAAGUGUGCUCGAUUGCUAGUUCGAACAAUGAAAGAGCUUUCUGUGCCCACUGGCACACAAAACAAGGGCACCCACCUACAUUCCCAUUGUUAAUGUUGUUCUCCCAUUGGACCAGACUCACUGAUAUGCACCCUGCCUCAUAACCUGGAGGAGUCAGGGUGGUUUCUGAUUGGCUAAGAGAGACAAGAAGCUUCUUUGAUGUGCCCCAAAUAACCCAUAUCAGCAUUAAAGAACCCCAUCGACACCUUUAAGCUUGACGGGAACAACCGUGAGGGUGGCUCAGGCUUCAGUGGCUAGCUGAUCAAUGUGUCAUGUCAUUAGACCGGGCAAGUGCCAGGAUUUUAAUGAGCCUAGCUGGCAAGCAGGAUCAAUUGUAGACAAUAUUCUCUCAGCCAUUUCCCAUCCCUCUCUCUCCUCUCUCUCUCUCUCUCAUUGUAUAAACUCUAAGAUGUGGAAGCAAUGGGUCAGAUAAAGAGAGGAGUGGCCUUUCAUUCCUGAACCUCCUACAGGAUUCCACAGGAUCCUGGUGCUUUUCCUCCCCUCGUUCCCAUGACGGGUCGCCAUCCAAUCGGCCUGACCUGCAGCACACUCCCUGCAUAUAACAUUUAAAUAUGAUCUGCACUGUCUGGCCCUCCUAACUCCACUUUCUCUCCUGCUGUUACCCUUUUCGUCAUCAUGGUUGGCAUAGCAACAGCAGUUAGGCCAGUUAGAGAUGACAGUCAGGUCUCACCCCCACAUACCCAAUAGACACACAAACAUACAGCAUUGUUAAUCACAGCUGUUUUCUUCCUCCUUAUGCUUUGAAAACCUAUAUAAACUCUUUUAAAAAUAAAUUGUCAUCACUUUAUCAUCUUCAUGGUGUUUCAAACCUGUAUGACUUUCUUUUUUCUUGUAACACAAAAGGAGAUUUCAGGUAGAAGGUUCAGUCUCAGUCUUCAUUUAUUUGUAUUGUAUAGAAAAUAAUAUGCAAUAAAAGGGAGUGGUGACUGAGGCUAACAUUCUGUCUAAUAUCUCCUCUGUUCCAUGGAAGGAAGAAAAUCACAAAACCAGCUUUAAAACAACAUACAACAC